AUGGACUUUGGGCAUAAUAUUCGCCACGUUUCCAUUCUUGCCUUUCUUCUGGCGCUUCAAUUCAUAGUCCCCGUCGACGCUGCGCCUGCCUUCACCGACGUCAAGGGCACCACCGGGCAGACUGCCACCGCCCAGUUUCUCGACCUACGACAGGACAUUCCAGGCCCUCUGGCCAAGUUUCCCAGAAGGCCCCUGAACACGCUACUGAGGAUGUUCAGCAGUCUGCCCGCGGGUGAACGAGCUCUUGACGCGACACGGAAGCUUUUAACCCCGCUACAACGGGGUCUGGCCAAAGCAGUCGGUAUCGAAACGACCAGGGACGACAUGGCGCAGAAUGCUCCUUGCUCUGAUGUAACCGUCAUAUUCGCUCGAGGCACAACCGAGCCGGGCAACGUUGGCUUGGUGACGGGGCCACCGUUUCUCGAUGCUUUAUCCGAGCAACUCGCCGGGAGGUCCCUCAGUGUCCAGGGUGUUGAGUAUCCCGCGACGUUUGCCGGGUUCAACAAGAACGGCACAGAAGGUGUACCGAGCAUGACCGCCUUUAUCAACCAAGCCGUCACCAGUUGCCCCAACACCAAGAUUAUCAUGUCUGGCUACUCUCAGGGCGCUCUGGUUGUCCGUAGUACUGCCGAUUCGCUGCCUGCGGACACUAUGUCGAAGAUCAACUCGGUGGUGACGUUUGGGGACCCGCGAAACCAGACUCCUAUCACUGGCGGCGAGGGCAAGACGAUGGUGGUCUGCCUCCCGGACGAUGCCGUCUGUAGCGGCGGAUUCAUCAACAUUGCUCAUCUGACCUACGGCUCCGAAGCACCUGCAGCUGCCCAGUUUGUGAUAGAACAGGCUGCUAGAGCAUAG